AUGGGGUUCAUAGUGGACAAUGCGAACAACUCACUGCGGGUCUGUCUGACUGUCCUGAAGGUGGUAGGCUUCCUGACCCCUCCACAGACUGGGGUCUAUAGCUUUUUCCUAUGGGUGUACUGCUUCUCUUCGUUCAUGUUUUUGGUUGGAGGUAUCAUAAUAGCUCAAACGGGCGCUAUGUUUGAAAUUUGGGGAGAUCUGGCGCUGAUGACCAGUGCGUCAUUUCUCCUAUUUACCAACCUGGCCUUUGCUCUGAAGAUCAUCAACGUGGUGGCGAGGAGUCGACAGAUACAGAACAUAAUAGAUGAUGCUGAUGAUGACCUCGUGGCUGAGGAUAGGGAGGAAGGAAGGGAAAUUAUUAAGAGUUGCAAUCGGGAGACCACAAAGUUUUUAUGCCUCGAAGCAAUGCUGUCACUAAUCACGGUGUUUGGCUGGGCUGCUAGUGCUGAGAAAAACCAGCUGCCUCUCCGAGCAUGGUAUCCUUAUGACGCUUCGAAGUCUCCCGCAUACGAAUUGACAUACUUUAAUCAGAGUUCUUCAGUGACGGUAGCGUCGAUGGUGAACACGUGUCUGGACGUGAUGGUGGCGUCCAUGAUUGCUGUCUGCCGCUGCAGACUGGGACUGGUCGGGUUGUCCCUCAGGAGGCUCUGUGAAGACAUUCCAGUUAUUGGAAAGGAUUUACUUACUUCGGACGAAGAGAACUUAGUUCAAUCUCGCUUGCGGCAGUGUGUGAUCAAACACGAGGCUGCAUUAAAGUCGACCAGGUUGAUACAGACAUGCUUCUCAUAUCCUAUCCUGGCGCAGUUUACAGUGUCUGCCGUCAUCAUUUGUGUAACAGCAUACCAGCUAGCCAUGGAAUUAAACAACGGGAACCUCGUCCGGAGUAUACCAAUGGCAUCAUAUCUGCUGUGCAUGAUGCUGCAAGUAUACAUCUACUGUUACCAAGGAAACCAGCUCACGGAGGAGAGUUACGACAUAGCUGGUGCUGCGUACGAGUGUCCCUGGUACAAAUGUUCCCUGCGCCUGCGUCGUUCGCUGUUGAUAUUAAUGCUGCGCUCGCGACGCGCCGUACAACUGACAGCGGGCGGCUUUAUGACGCUCUCCCUGUCAUGCUUCACCUCAAUCAUAAAGGCGUCAUAUACUUUUUUCACCGUCCUCAAGCAAGUUGAAGAUAGAAAUCCGAAGUAA